AUGUACAUGAGGGUCUCCUCGGCUGCACCUUAUGUCCCCGACGAUGAAAAAGAAGUAGCCUUGUUGGAUGAGGACCUCGAUGGAGAAGACUCUGCUCAAGAAGGAGAGGAGCCUGCAAGCAAGCUCCUAUGUCAGGACAAGGAUUUCCUUUUCAAGGACAGGCCAGAAUCUGCUGGCAUCCAUGACUCCCCCAAUGCAGCUGACUUUUCUGGUCAGGACCUGGACAGCGAGUCUCACCUGAGUGAAUCCUCAGACAGAAUGUCUGAUUUUGAAAGCUCCUCACUGAAAAUCGAGGACGACGUCCUUCUUUCUAAAGACCUUUCAAACGAACUGUCCCCCUCCUCCUCUUCAGCCAUUAUGGUUGCAACCAAUGCUGCAGCCUCAGCAACCGGAGAUGAGGCCAUAUUAGCUGCAACAAGUUCUGUGGCUGACAGCCUCGAGAAAAUGAAGGCGAUUUACACUUCCUUCCUGAGCAAUUCCUAUUGGUCGACACUGAAUCUGAACUUGAGUCAGCCACCAGCAGAAAAGCCCCCUCGUAGUCACAGCAGCAGCAGUAGUAGCAGCAGCAGCAGCAGCUGUGGUAGCGGAGGCUAUGACUGGCACCAGUCUGCUGUGGCUAAAAGUCUCCAGCAGGCUUCUCAGAACCACCACAACAGACUGAGCUUGGUGCAACAUCCCACAGUGGCGGUGACAACAGCUUCUACAGAACCUAACCUCUUCAGCACUGUUCAGCUGUACCGACAGAGCUCCAAGCUCUACGGCUCCAUAUUCACUGGUGCCAGCAAAUUUCGCUGUAAGGACUGCAGUGCUGCGUACGACACUCUGGUGGAGCUCACGGUGCACAUGAACGAGACGGGCCACUAUCGUGAUGAUAACCAUGAGACAGACAGCGAGGGGGCUAAGCGCUGGUCCAAACCCAGGAAACGCUCCCUACUAGAGAUGGAAGGGAAGGAAGAUGCACAAAAAGUACUUAAGUGUAUGUACUGUGGACACUCCUUUGAAUCCCUUCAGGAUCUCAGCGUCCACAUGAUCAAGACGAAACACUACCAGAAAGUGCCUCUGAAAGAACCUGUUACACCCGUAGCUGCCAAGAUCAUCUCCUCUGCUCGAAAAAGGGCCCCAGUUGACCUGGACAUCCCUAGUUCACCCGACUCUAACGGAGGCACCACACCAAAGCCAGCCUCGUUCAGUGACACUAAUGACAUUCUGCAGAAGAUAAGCAACCCCUACAUUACACCUAACAAUCGCUAUGGACACCAAAAUGGUGCCAGCUACGCCUGGCAGUUUGAAUCCAGGAAGUCGCAAAUCCUCAAAUGCAUGGAGUGUGGCAGCUCGCAUGACUCACUGCAGGAAUUAACUGCUCAUAUGAUGGUGACAGGGCACUUUAUUAAGGUUACUAAUUCUGCCAUAAAGAAGGGCAAACCAAUUAUAGAGUCCCCGGCCCCCACAUCCAACUCUUCAGUUGAAGAAAAGGUCCAGUCAGUUCCCCUGGCUGCCACAACUUUCUCCUCUCCACCUGCCCCCGUCCCUCCUCCGACUAGCAUCUCACCCAUGGCAAUGGUUGUGGAAAUUAAAAAAGAGGAGAAGGAAGAAGAAUGUACACAAGAGUCCAACAUUAUCAAUGCCAAUAACCACAACAAAGAUAAGAGGACAGAAGCGGAAGACGAAUCUGAAGAGAAGUUUGAUAUUUCUUCAAAGUACACCUAUCUGACUGAAGAGGAUCUGGAUGAAAGUCCAAAGGGGGGGCUUGAUAUUCUCAAGUCCUUGGAGAACACAGUGACCUCAGCCAUCAACAAAGCCCAGAAUGGUGCUCCCAGUUGGGGUGGGUACCCCAGCAUCCAUGCAGCCUACCAGCUUCCAAACAUAAUGAAGCUCUCUCUUGGCAAUUCUGGAAAGAGCUCUCCCCUUAAAUAUAUGUUUAGUGGAGGGGAGAUUCUCUCCCCUACUGGCAAAAGUCAGCCAUUGAUUUCCCCUCCCAGCUGCCAAACCUCUCCAUUACUUAAAAAUAACUUUCAAGCAAUGGAAGAGCUAGUUAAAAAAGUGACAGAGAAAGUAGCUAAGGUAGAGGAGAAAAUGAGAGACCCCGGUAUGAUUGCGAGUGAUUUACCUCUGAGGCGAACCACGCCCUCACCCUCUGUCAGUGAGACAGAAGAUCUAAUCCGAGGAGAGUCACCCAAAAGAAACACUGCAGGAGACUGUAAAACCCCAGAAAAUACAAGUGUAGGGGAGGUAGUACAAAAUGGAAAGGGAACAAAUGAAAAAGAUUCUAGUAGUAGUGCUUCCACAAAGGAGUCUGGGGAGAAUGGAGUGGAGCCCACUGCUGUAACACCCCCACUGCCUGCCUCUCUGUGUGGCAGCACAGCUAUUAUCACAGACCAUCCACCUCCUGAACAGCCGUUUGUCAACCCUCUCAGCGCUCUGCAGUCAGUAAUGAACGUCCACCUGGGGAAGGCUGCUAAACCGGCCCUGCCCUCGCUUGACCCCAUGAGCAUGUUGUUUAAGAUGAGCAACAGUCUGGCAGAAAAAGCGGCAGUGGCUUCCUCCACCCCACCAGCACACACCAAAAAAGCCAGUAAUGGUCAUUUAGAUCGCUACUUCUACCAGCAACAUCUCAACAACGACCAACCUAUAGAUCUCACUAAAGGAAAAAAUGCUGAUAAAGGAAGUAAUGGUGGUUCUUUGGGUUCAACUACACUUUCUUCUACUAACUCCACCCCAUCAAUUUCUCCCUCUUCUGCUGUCACUAUGACAAAGGCUUCCGCUACGGUAGCUUCCUUCAUGUCCACAUCACCUUUGAGAGAAAAUGCCCUGUCAGACAUCUCCGACAUGCUGAGAAACCUCACAGAAAGCCAAACUCUGUCCAAGUCCUCCACGCCGACCAGUCAGUCUGAGCGCUCUGACAUUGAAGGUGCCACACAAGAGGAAAUCGAAGAUGUUUCACCUGCUCAGAAGCGCAAAGGCCGCCAGUCCAACUGGAACCCUCAACACCUCCUUAUAUUACAAGCCCAGUUUGCUUCCAGCUUGAGGCAAACAAAUGAUGGCAAAUACAUGAUGUCUGACCUGAGCCCACAGGACAGGAUGCACAUCUCCCGUUUCACAGGUCUGUCAAUGACUACAAUAUCCCACUGGCUGGCCAAUGUGAAGUACCAGCUAAGAAGAACUGGUGGCACCAAGUUCUUAAAAAACUUGGAUUCAGGCCACCCAGUGUUCUUCUGCAGUGACUGCGCAUCCCAGAUUCGCUCACCGUCCACCUACGUCAGCCACCUGGAAUCCCACUUAGGCUUUCGUCUUCGCGACCUGGCUAAACUUUCUGGGGAGCAGUUGCUCAGUCAGUUAUCGCAGCAACACCAUCACCAACAUCAACGCCACACCAAAGGACUCUCUGAAAAACUCUUCUCCAAUCUCCACCCAUCCAGCCACCCGCUGCCAUCUUCCCUCCCGACCUCAGUACCAGUAUCACUACCGAUCUCGCUCUCCUCGUCCUUAACAACGUCUAUGCCGUCAACUGAAUCUCCAUCUUCCUCUCCUGAUGAUGAUGAAAGUGGCGCGGUGUACCAGUGCAAGCUCUGCAACCGGACAUUUGCGAGCAAGCACGCUGUUAAACUUCACUUGAGCAAGACACAUGGGAAAUCCCCCGAGGACCAUCUGAUGUAUGUGUGUGAGCUGGAAAAACAGUAGCACUGGCUUGGAACGAUGCAAGACUUUUACAAUGCAGCUCAACCUACUGCUGUGCCACUCUUUUGAGUUAAAACUGAUGAAACUGCACAACAAUGCCAUUAAACUACUGCUAAGAGUGUUG